UGGCCAGUUAAAUAGAGAGCUGGUACCUGUGGUUAUAGGUAAAAGAUCCCUCAACGGCCCAUAUAUAGGGUUAUAGGGUAUAGACAGAUUCAAUACAGAUCCUCUCACUUAUGUUUUAAUGCCAUGUUUCUUUAACAGAUCCUGAACCAUGGGCGCCAAAGUUUCAGUGAGGAAUGACACUCCUUACACCUGGUACUACUCCACCUCAAGCUCAGGGGGGUUUCGUAGUGUAUACCCUGGCUGUACUGAACAGUAUGACGAGAAGCUAUCUGUCUGGUGCUACAUUUAUCUGAGAUACGACAGUCAUGAUUGGAAUAGUUUUGGAACUGAAUACAAUUCUCACAAAGGCAACCCCACGUUUACCAUCAGUGAGAGCUGGGACCGCUCAGAGAUUGAGUGGCAUUGCAGUACAGAGGGGAGUGUUGCAACGUGUCGCAACUAUGGAAGGGAGGAGGAAGUCCAGCGGAUGGAGGAGAGAAGACGACAGGAGCGUCUGGAACGGGAGCGAAGGAUUCAAGAGGAGAUAGACAGAGAGAGUGAGAUCUCCAGAGAGAAACUGUCUCGAUCGAGGGAGAAGCUUCGUCAGAAACAGAGCUUCAAAGGUCAGGUGCACCAUCAUGAGCGCACACAAGCUCUCCACCAGCAAAUAGAGGACGAUGCAGCUGCAAUCGAGAGGAAUGAGCUUGCAGACGUAGAGCAGAAAUUCAAAGAACUUCUGUCAAAAUAUGAAAUCACAGAGAGUGAAGAAUUGCAGGACUGCGGGCUUGAGGACAGGAUUAAAACACUUCAUAAUGAACUGACGCUCCAAUUUUGCAGAGAAAACAAGCUUCCAGUGUGGUCUCAGUUUACGUUUGACCAUGCUGUGGGAUAUGAGGAACUUUCUCUGACUGAGAAACUCACCAUUCUUGAGGCAGUUCUGAAGUUAACUCUUCAGGGCACCGCUGAGACUGAAGAUGAAAGUGAUCAUUUACUUCACUGGGAUAAGAAGUAUGAGUUCCUUUUCUGUUUGGCUGAGGAACUUUAUGUUGCAAAUCCAACUCAGGCUGAGCCGAUUUUCUUGAGAAUUCUUGAUGCAGUUUCAGAGCUUUUACCAAAAAGCAGGGAGACUCUGGGUCAAAUACUGUUCAAUAACAUCUGGACACCAACAGAAAUAAUGCUCUUCAUUCGCAAAGCUUCAUCGAUAGACCACAAUCAGAUUCCCCAAGUCCUCCACAUGGUACAGACCUACAGGCUAAGCUGCCUCCUCACUCUCUCUGCUCUGAAGAAGCAAAAGCCACUAAUGUUUCUACAACAACAAGUAAGAGAAGACAAGGACAAAGAUACUGACACCAUUUUGAGGGAACUCUGUGAAUCCCAGUGCCCAGAGAAUAUUCUGACAGUGAUCGAGGAUGUUCUCAGACACAUGGAAACAGAACUUCCAAAAUAUUGGAAAGUGGAUCUUACUGAGAAGAAUAUAGAGGAUCUCAAGAUGAAGAUUAAAUCUCUUGAUUUUGCAAACCCAGAUAUCAAUACUCUGAAGGAAGUGUUGAUUGGAAUGUCUGUAGCCGUGCAAGACAGCACAACAUUCAAGAUGCAAGAUGGAACCGAGAUUCCAGGCUAUUUUCCAAGACAGACUCAGCUGGCAUCAUUACUUUUGCUCCUACUGUCACAGCUAACUGAAAAUAAAGGCUGUCUCCUUGAGAUUGGCACAGGUGAAGGGAAAUCCACGAUCUUGGCAAUGUUUGCUGCAAUCCAGGCUAUUCGUGGAAUAAAGGUGGACAUUGUGACAAGCUCUCCAGUUCUUGCACGACGAGACCAGGAGGAGUGGAAGAAGUUUUUUGGAAAGUUUGGUGUCACAUCAUCUGUAGUACCCCCACCCCUCUCCAAACAAUCUUCCCCUGUGGAAGCAGAUAAGUUGUUAGAAGAGGCAUACACACAACAAGUUGUGUAUGGCACUGUUGGUGCUUUUGCAGCAGACACAUUAAAAGAAGAGUUUGAGAGGAGAACUACCCGUGGAACAAGAGGAUUUGAACUAGUGAUAGUGGAUGAAGUGGACUACAUGACCUUGGAUAAUGGAGUUCAAGUGACAUUCCUGUCUCAUGAAGCCAGCAGUUUGAGGCAUAUGGACCAAAUUCUUGCCAACAUUUGGACAAUGACAUCUACUUGUCAACCAAUUGAAAUGCUAGAUACAGGUGAGAUAAAAUGGGCAACAAGGAUCCAACAUUUCCAUAAAGCAGCAACAUCUGCUGUUAUGGGAUCAGAAAGAUCUGACAGCUUCUCAGCCUUUGACAUUUUGCUGCCAGGUGUAGAUUUGGGGUUCUAUUCAUCAGAGGAUAUUGAGAUGUUGAGGCAAGCUAUGAGUAAGACAGAAACAGAAAAUACAGGUGAUGACUACCAGGAUGACGGCUGGAGAGCGAUUGAACAAGUCAUAAAGAAAAUAGGAGUCUCACAACAGUAUGAUCUGCUGCGUAUAUUUCAGGAAGUAAUGGAGAACAGUGUGGCUUUUGAGUGCUAUUCGGCAGAGAACAAGAAAGCCAAACGUUACGGGACUGAGGAAAGACAUGCUGACUCAGAAGUCAGCAUGUUACUCCUUGAAAAUGGAUUAGCAUGUGAAAUCAUGUCAGAAAAAUCUCUCAUUGAAGCAACUGUGAGUGCAGUAAAGUCCUGUAUUAAGUACUCAGAUGAAUAUUCUGAUUCUGAUAAACAUGACAACUUCAUCAUUAUCCCUCACUUCUUGAAGAAAUAUGUUGACAAUCAGUUGCCAGUGUUUGUUGAGAAUGCCUUGAGGGCCAUUGAGAUGACUCAGGGCAGAGAGUACAUGAUCGACAUUUCAGGAGCUGCUGCCAAAGUAUCUGCCAGUGAUCCUGACAAGCAUCAGUAUGAUGCCAUAAUUCCAGUGGACUUCAAAGCAAGUGGGGUGUUGGAGAAAAACAAGAAGUGGGGUAAUGGACUCCAGCAGUUUUUGGAGAUGAAACAUCAGCUUGCAAUUUCAGCUUUGUCCAGUGUGACCAACUACAUGUCUAACUUCCAUUACUUUAAACGGUACAUCCAUGAAUAUGGCAUAUUUGGUGUUUCUGGCACAUUAGGGGGUGAUGCAGAGAGAGACUUUCUGGAAAGGCAUUACGGAACAAAGAGCUAUACUAUUCCAGCUCAUCGCCAUAAAAAAGUGGUUGAGUUGCCAGCCCUGCAGGUGAAUGGGGGCAAUGACCAAUGGAUCCAGACUGUUUGUGAUACUACCUGGAAAGUGGCAAGUAGAGGCCAAGUUGUCCUGGUGAUAUGUGAAGAUGUCAAGACAGCAAAUGAGCUACAUGUGAAAAUGCAAGACGAAGAGAGAUUUAAGCCACACCAGAUCACGAUGUACACAAUUAGUGAGAGACACAACAUUGAGAGAGAUAAAUUUAGUGGAGGGAGGAUUAUCAUUGCCACAAACCUUGGAGGGAGAGGAACAAACAUCAAGGUCGAGAAAAAAGUAAAUGAAUGUGGUGGCCUCUUUGUGAUUCUCACACACUUCCCACGCAAUCGAAGAGUGGAGAAACAAAUCUUUGGUCGCACUGCUCGGAAAGGAAACCCCGGCAUGGUCCAGAUGGUUCUGAACCAGGAUCAUCUUGCACCAGCUUACCAAGGUCAGUCUGUUGAGAUAAUGCGACAGCUCAGAGAAGAGUAUGAAGUGAAGCGUAUAAGUGAAAUGGAAAGUGAUGAGCUGGUAGAAAUAGACUUGAAGGAAAAACUUUUUUCCACGUUUUGUGAAUCCCUUAUGGACUACGACCAGGAGUACACACAGGAAGAAAGAAAAGAUCUUUCACGAUUGAAGCCUAGAGAUAUACCUGUUCAUCUCAGAGACUAUCAGGCUAAGUUUGAUUACCAGCCAGCCCUGAAUGCUUUGAAAGAAGCAUGGGCAUUGUGGCUGACUCUUCAUGAGGAGCAUAUCAACAGACAUGAUGACAUCCAUGACCUUCAGGCAGACCUCAUCAAGACAAUGAAUGAAACUAAGGGAAAGCUCUUGCAAGGGGAAAGUGACAAUUUCUAUGAUCACAUUAAGCAAGCCAUUCUCAGGACUGACCUACACUGCAGAAACAAAACAAAUGACUAUGGAGCUAAAUCCUAUUGGCAGAGGGCAGCAACCUCUGACCCACUGUACAAAGCUGUGGCACUCUAUAACCAGGCAUACAUCACCAUCAACCUGGCCAAGGAUGACUAUAUAGUAGAAGCAAGGGAACUGUUGGAGCAGGCUAAAAAGUCUGUCGAUGUUUAUAUCUCAGAAACAUCAAACACAAUGGUCUCCUGUCAGAUGUCUGUUAAUGACAACCUGAAACCACACAGCAACAACUUUCAGAGUCAAAUGGAGGCCAGAAUGAACAUCUUCAAGUCGUGGAAGACAUACAUUGAUAAUGCAUUGAAGAAACUUGUGGAGCUGGAAAAAGACAACAGUGAUGCAAUAACACAGGACUGUUCAGUCUACAAGUUGUUGGAGGAAAAAGAUUUCAUCAUCACAAAUGAGCUAAUGGCACUCUAUGAGCUUGGCCUUGCUGUUGUUUUUGAGGUGAAAAAGAAACCAAAGUUUUGUUUUGAUGCUCUCAUUUGCUUCUUCAUCGGAGCAAUGCAGGUGUUGGCUGGGGUUCUUGUUUGUGCCUUUUCAUUUGGCACUGCAAGCCAGUUUGGACUUGGCCUGAUAGGUGAGGGAGUAUCAGACAUGAUCAAUGGAAUAGUGGGCAUGGUAACAGGUACAUUUAGCUGGGCAGAAUGGGCAAUAAACAAAAGUAUCAGCAUUGGUAUUUCUUUGCUUACUGCUGGAUUCGGUGCCGUCAAGAAUGUUGUCACUUCAGUGUGCAAUGUAACAAAAGCCCUGCUUAAUGGUACUAAGUCCUUCUCAUCUGUUGCCAGUGGUUUCAUCAAGUCAGGAAAACAUGUGUUUUCAUCUAUCAAAGGAACUGCUCAGUCUGCCAUCUCCUCUGUUGGUAAACAAACCUUUGGAAGUGCAAUGAAAAAGAUGACAACUUCAACAGUUGUAAAGCAGAACUUCAAAUAUGCUGCCAAGUACGCUGCACAGGAGAUAGGGAAGCAAGCUGUGGACACUGGUUUGAACUAUGCAGUUGAUGGCCUGAAGGAGGCCUUUAAAAAGAUAUUGGAAUCAGCUUUUAAGGAUGUUGUUACUUCAGCAGUGAAGCAGAACCGUGACUUGGAUAAAGCUAUCACUGAGUUCAUCAGCUCACAGGUCCCAAAAGCAGCCAUGCAGAAAGAUAACUUUAAGAUUGGCAAAUUGGAUGAGGAAGAAAUGACUAAAACAAUUGCUGUAUUAACUGAUGAAGUAAUUCCUGACCUCAUGAGGGACUGCACAACAGUACAUGAAGUUAUCAAUAGACUCACUGAGGUGUGCAAUGGAGCAACAGACAUUAUGAAUAAAGGAAAACUUUCUGGUAUUUUUAAGGCUGCCGAGUUAGCUUUGAAAGUUGCAGAUCACACUACCCGUUUCAUUGAAAUACUGAAUUCUGUUCCUACAAAAAGGGUCAUUGAUGAAACUUUUGUUCCUACUUUACUGAGUGAAAUUGAGGAGCUUCAGCAAGAUGCAGAGAAAUAUGACCAAGAUGGACGACACAAUUUACAAGAUGUGAAACGUCUUAAGGGCAAAAUUCUGAGCACCCUUGCAGACAGUGUGUCCCAAUCAUUUAUCGAGGCUUGCUUUGGACAUAUGACCUCCCUUUUGACAAAGCCAUUGAAGAGCAAGUUUAACAAAGCUACUGGUAAAGCUGUUGAUAAGAUUAUGGGCAGACAUAAAACUCAAAGUUUUUUUGAUGACCAGAGACAAAAGCACAACAUGAGAUCAGCCAGUCGCAACACUAAGAAGUCGCUUACAGAGAAGGAACAGAUGGAUUUAAUGGAUUACAUGGAACACAUAAGCAAUGUAGCCACAGCUUUUGACAUUAUCGUGCUCACAAAAAGUGGCUUACUCAACGGUAGAGGGAUUCACCUCACUGUCAUUGAUGAGCAUGGAAACAGACUCUCAGAGGAACGUUACAAAGGAACAGACGAGUCUGCUGGCAACAUCACACUACAGCUGACAAAAGCAAAAGACCUGCAGCCACCAGAGAAAAGCAGUUCACAGCAGUUUUACAGCGGCCGUUUUGACAUCGUUCAAGAUGAUGGUACAGUGGUCAAUGUGAACUCAGAGCACCAGAAUUGUCUCUAUCAUGCAAUCGCACAAGCAACUGGAAGUGAUCGAAGCGAUCUUAAAGGAGCUGCUGUGAAGCUUCAUGAGAAAGUGAAAAAUGAAGUUCAGGAAAACUUUGCUUCGUACACACCGAUUCUUAAGCUUCAGCGAGGCUAUGACUACUCCCACAAAAACCCUGGAAAAUACACCAUCACUGGAGGAGCGAAGCCAGGAGGAGCCAGCCAUUCUGAACUUCUUACCGAAGAGGAAUAUUUGAAGAGUACCAGCUUCAUUGAAACUGAUGAAUGUGAUAUUAUCAGAAGCUAUAAGCUUGCAUCUGUUGAAAAAUACAAACAGUUGAUAGAUGCUCGACAAUCCAAGAACAACCGUGGAACAGUGAAUGCAGACCACGUUCCCUCCAAGGAUUCCAUUCGCAAAGCUUGGGAGAGGACAAAAGACAAACCUGAGCUACAGGAGCAGCUCAAAAACAGUAAUCCAAAACUCUAUGAAAUGAUAGAGAGCAUAAAGGAUGACAAUAAUGGGCGGAAUCUUAUUGCCAUGGAGGUGUUGGUCAAAGAUCACAAACGUGCUCUGACCAUGGGUGCAAGCCACCAAGCCAAGAAGUGCCGGGAGCUGCUAGCAGAAAGUCUUGUCAGUGGAGAUGUGGAGACAAUGCUGAAACAGUCUAUGAUUGUGGCUCACCCUCUGACCUCACAGGAACUUAUGGCUGAUUUAGGUGAAAACAGAAGACCACCUCAUAACGAGAUGUCAAAGGAAGGCAUCAGGGGCUACUACAAGGCAGGUUACACCAAUCUUGUGACAGUGUACAGCCGGCAGGGACUCAUCGAUCAGAAUCAGAAAGAUCAGCUGAUGGAGUGGCUGAAUCAAGACAAACAUGAAGAUAAAAACACUCCUGAGUACCUGAGUAUCAGGGAUUCCUUAAAGUAACUGUUAAACCAAUGGAAAAAUAGAAAAAGAGAGAAUGAUGGUAGAUGCUAACUGAUUAUUGUGAUAGUAAUGUAUUUGGACUCAUAUUCUGGUUGUGGUUAUGUGUUAGCGAACACUGAGUCUUAGUACUUUGACAGCUUCCUGUGCCUCACCAUAUAUGGCUAUAAGUGACAGGAAGAAGAUGGAGGCAAUGUGGGACAAGGGAAAUGGUGGUAAAAUAUAAUUCUUUGACCACCUUUUUUUUUUUUUGGUGGUGGGGUUUUUUUGUUACCUCUGAGUCAACUUUUGUUUUUGUUUCAUUUGGAGCAGAAUUUAGUUUGUCAUCAUAGAUAAAGUAUUUUACAUUUAAUGAGCGGCAAAGUGUCUUUGAAUACAUCAGAGUGAGUCAAAAGUCACCAUCGCUGUACAUCGGCCACGGCUUUAUCAAUAGCAGAGACGGUCUUUGAUGCAUUAACGAUUCCAAAUGCUGCUGUAAAAUCAUUAUAGCUUCUUUUUUAUUUGAGAAAUAGGUUUAUCUCUUAAAAUAU